UGACAGCGAUUAUAACCUGGGGGUUUGGUGGGCGUGGGAGAGAAAAAGAGAGAGAGGAGAGAGAGAAUAACGGAGCAGAACACAUGAGGAAACUUUUUAAUUCGGCGCGCAGAAGCGCAAAUGUGGACGUAUUAUCUCGCCGCCAUUUACCAGGUGAGAUGGCAAGCAGGUUGGGGCUCCCCCACGGCAGUGCCCUGCACAGAUGCAUGCUGGUCCUGACCUUCCUGCUCCUGCUGUGUGAGAUUGUUGUCAGCCGCCUCUGUAACUCCCUAAUCACCAUGGUGGACGUCUUCCACACCCUCUUCAUCCUCAUGCACAUGGCUCUUCCUCUUGCUCCUCCUACCCUGGGCAGAGGCCCCCCAAAACCGCCACCUGCCUCCCCUCUCUCCACCUCCAUCACCUCCAUCACCUCCACCCCCACUCAGUCACCUGUCAAAUCUCCCCCAUAUGCCCUAACCACCUCCUGUGUCUCCCCCAUCCCCUUCAGCUCAGCUUCCUGUCCCUCUCCUCCCCUCUCAACCCCUGUCCUCACCACCACUUCCCAGUUUCCCUCCAAACCUCUCACCCCUACAACCACCCAUUGUUUCUCCCCUGACCACUCUGAGUCCAACCAGCUAACCUCUUAUCCCCAUCCCACCCUGUCUAUUCCAGCCAACCCUUUUCCCCGACGCCUCCCCCCUCAGGCCUCCCUGUGUGGCCUGUUCUACAGCGAAGCGAGGGUCCAGCCCCUGGGGGCUCUGAUCUCAGCUCUCCUGCUGGCUGCCUUGUGUGUCUCUGUCUCUCUGGAUAUCCUCAGCCACACCCUGCAGCCCCACCCUAUACUGCGCCCUCUUUUGGCCACGGUGAUGGGGGCUGUCAGCCUGCUCUACAACCUCCUGGUGCUGGGGCUCAGCUGGGGUAGCUGGCUUGGGACCAAGACUAGAGCUGCCUGGGAGGGGGAGGAGAGCUCUGUCCUUGUCAAGGCCAAGGUCCAGACCAAAGACAGCACUGGAGUGGGGGGAGAGAAUGACCUCAGUAACCUCACUACAUCUCUGGAUGGUGCCUUCCAAGAUGGAACACUUGUACUCUGUAACCCUGGGACCUCCAGUGUCCUGAACCCUGACAGAGACUCUCAGCACCCAACCCAGACAUCUCCACUCCAUACCUUGGCCCCUCAGGGUCUCCUUUCAGACCACUGCCAUGGAGCACACACACUCCCUGCAGACUCGCACACACUCCCUGCAGACUCGCACACACUCCCUGCAGACUGCAGAACUUCAGAGACACCAAACAACUUCCCACAUCCAGAGGCCAGUGGCUGUCAUCCAACGUACCCCAACUCUGAGGUGUCUAAGUGUGUGGGACACAGAGAUAAUCAGACAGACCCCACCACAGCCUCAGCCCUAAAGUCAGAAAGCCCCACAAGGCUCAGGGUCCAACUUCCCGCCUUUCUCCAAUCCCUCAUCACCCUCACCCAGGCACUGCUGGGCUCCAUCCUGGCCCUCACCAACGGGCUUACCCUGCUACUCCUGGGCCCAGAUUGCCUGCAUGGCUCUGGGGCCUGUGGCCCCUUCAUCUACCUGGACCCUGGUUUCUCCAUGGUGGCUGUGAUGGUGCUGCUGGCCACCGCUCUGCCCCAGGUGUGCCGCUACGGUUGGCUGCUGCUCCAGGCCGUCCCGCCCCAGGUGUGUGUGUCUGAUCUGGGCCGGCAGAUCGCCAGUGUGUCAGGGGUGCAGGCGGUGCACGACCUCCAUGUGUGGCAGCUGACAGAGAGCUGCCUGGUGGCGUCUGUACAUGUCCACUGCCACGCUGGGUUCCAGAUACACAGGUGUGGUGAUCUGAUGUCUGGGGUCACCAAGGUGCUACAGAGUGUAGGUGUGAGCUGCUGCACCGUACAACCAGAGUUCCUCCUCUCCACUCCCACAGCCAACGGCAACCUGGAAAACAACAGCACCACACCCACCAUCAUCCAUAGGGAGAUUCCCCCACUGCCCUCACACCUGACCUGCAGCCUGGCCUGUGGGAAGGGCUGUGCUGGGAAGAUGUGCUGUGCUCCUCUGGAGGAAGGGUCUGCAGAGCCACUGGCACCCCCUGCUGGGGAAACUGAGGAGCCUCACGUGCUGAUCAUAGAGAACGCCUUUCUUUGAGGGAAGGACCUUUGCCCUAGGAUGUAUCUCAGUAAUGAAGAGUGGGCUCCUUGCCUUCUUUCCUUCAUAUGAAUGUGAUGUGAGAUGUAGAGGACUGAAGGGGAGUAAACCACUUUGGGAAAUUAAGAUGCAGCCUGGGGAAUGAAUAUAAUAUAUUAUUAUUAUUGUCAGAAUAUUCUGAAAGACUUCGUCCCCAUGUCAUUGAGGUAAUUUGAGAGUGCUAGAUAGCCUAAUGUAAGAAUUAGGCUCUCAGGUAAAGAGUAGAAAUCACAGUAGUCAUCAUGCUUGUGUGUGUGUUUUGGGAUGGGGUGGGAUAAUUAACAUCAUUCCUAUGGGUACUCAGAAAGUGCCUGUAUGUUUACUGUAUAUAAUGUAUAAUCUAUGCAUGUACUACAUCAUUAUGCUGGUAUUGUAUUUCAUUGUAUUAACACGGUGCCAUACCAAAGACACAGUAGAUUGUAAGCCAAGUCACUCACCCAAUGAAGAAUUUAUUCAAUAAUGCCAUUUCAAGCAUAUUUUCACUUCCAUUAUUGCGCAAUGGUGAUAUAUUUUAUGUCUUAU